AUGUGAGAGCCAGGUGUGUUUUAUUCUGCUCCAGCAGGUGGCGGUAGUGCACCUUUACGCUGGUCACCGACCACCGGAAGAAGCAGAAACCGGAAGCUGCUAGCAGAGCUAGCUUGUUGUUCUGGUGUGUGAGGAGAAUAUUUGAGGCUCUGCAGUAAAAACGUCUUCACUUCAGUCUCUGGGAGAGUUGAUCAGCUAAAGCGACUAACUGCUGCUGCUGCAGAAAUCUUCUCACCAGGCUGUGGAAACUUUCUUCUCCUCCUCAACAACUUGGUGGAGUUCUUUCCAGAACCAGAGAAGAUAUUCUGCGGUCUUCGUGACAAUCGGAGCUCCAGAAUCAGGUUGUGGCUGUUAGCUAAACACGGCUAAAGAAAACCUGCUACCACUUCAGGAUCAUCCAUCAGCUGGGACUGAUUCAUCGUGUGUUCUUCACCACCUGGACCUGGACAGCAUGGACACAGAUGUUCAACAGGGGGUGCAAGUUAAAGAAGAAGCUCCUGAAGAACAGAGUGCUGGUGUGGACCUGCAGGACCCAGAACACCUCCAAAUAAAGGAGGAACAGGAGGAGCUCUGGACCCGUCUGGAGGGAGAGCAUCUCUGUUUGAAGGAGGAGACUGAAGCUGUCGGGUUUCCUGUUACUGCUGUUUCUAUAAAGAGUGAGGAUGAUGAAGAGAAACCUCUGGUCUCACAGCUUCAUCAACAGCAAAUAGAAGACAGAGAUGUUCCAACCAGCAGCACAGCCGACCAGGUGGACGCAGAGACUGACGGGGGAGCAGAAACUAGCAGGAACCCUGAUCUGAACCCUCUUGAACAGACAUCUGAUUCUUCAGAAACUGAAGUUAGUGGAGAUGAUGAUGAUGAUGAUGUGACUCUAGACUCUGAGCUGUCAGACUCUAGACAUGAAACUGGAGACGGAGGCAAUAACUGGAUUCCAAACUGUUGUUCUGAGUCAGAUGUCAAGACUGUCAACCAAUUGUUUAGUUGCCCUGAGUGUGGUAAACAAUUUGUCCACAAGUGGUCUCUCCAGAGGCAUGUGAGAGUGAGUCAUUCAGAAAUAAGGUCUUCAGAAUGUUUGGUUAGUAAGAAGUGUGUUAGAAUGAAGAAGCAUGUAGACUUGUGUAGGGAAGUCUAUAAAGAGCGUACAUCAUUUAGUUGUGAUGACUGUGGAAAGAUGUUUAGAAAAAUAUCAAGUUUUAACAUUCACCUGAGAGUCCACACAGGACAGAAGCCUUUUGCUUGUGAGCUCUGUGGAAAAAGAUUUAGCCAAAAGACCCUUUUAAACAGACACAUGAGAGUCCACACUGGACAGAAGCCUUUUGCUUGUGAGUUAUGUGAAAAAAGAUUUAGCCAUAAGACACAUUUAAACAGACACAAAAUAGUCCACACAGGACAGAAACCCUUUACCUGUGAGCACUGUGGAAAAAGAUUUAGCCAAAAGACGCAUUUAAACAGACACAUGAGUGUCCACACAGGACAGAAGCCUUUUGCCUGUGAGCUUUGUGGAAAGAAAUUUAGCCAGAAGACUAAUUUAAACAGUCACAUGAGUGUCCACACAGGACAGAAGCCUUUUGCCUGUGAGCUCUGUGGACAAAGGUUUAGCCUGAAGUCAACUUUAAACAGUCACAUGAGUGUCCACACAGGACAGAAGCCUUUUGCUUGUGAGCUCUGUGGAAAAAGAUUUAGCCAAAAGACACUUCUAAACAGACACAUGAGAGUCCACACUGAACAGAAGCCUUUUGCUUGUGAGCUCUGUGGACAAAGAUUUAGCUAUAAGGCAACUUUAAACAGUCACAUGAGAGUCCACACAGGACAGAAGCCUUUUGCCUGUGAGCUCUGUGGACAAAGAUUUAGCCUGAAGUCAACUUUAAACAGUCACAUGAGAGUCCACACAGGACAGAAGCCUUUUGCCUGUGAGCUUUGUGGAAAGAAAUUUAGCCAGAAGACUAAUUUAAACAGUCAUAUGAGUGUCCACACAGGACAGAAGCCUUUUUCCUGUGAGCUUUGUGGAAAGAAAUUUAGCCACAAGACUAAUUUAAACAGUCAUAUGAGUGUCCACACAGGACAGAAGCCUUUUACCUGUGAGCUUUGUGGACACAGAUUUAGCCUGAAGUCAACUUUAAACAGUCACAUGAGAGUCCACACUGGACAGAAGCCUUUUGCUUGUGAGCUCUGUGGACAAAGAUUUAGCUAUAAGGCGACUUUAAACAGUCACAUGAGAGUCCACACAGGACAGAAGCCUUUUGCUUGUGAGUUAUGUGGAAAAAGAUUUAGUCGACAGAAAACUUUAAACAAUCACCUUAGCAUCCACUAGGGCUACACGAUAUAUUAUGUUCUGAUUCAAAUUGUGAUUUCAAACAACACGGACACGUGAUUGUUAAAACUGCAUUUUUUUGUAGUGCUACUUCUGACCCAGGACCUGCUAUGUUUACUAUUUUAGACAUCCAGGUUUUUCCAUGGUUUUUAAGGUGUUACAGUGAUAAUGAGUGAGAGUGGGGAGUUUUGGGAGCUAAUCCCAAUUCUUGAGCUGAUGAAAUAGCACAUUUGGUGUUUUUAUUUAUUAAUUAAACACUGGUACAUCUGAAAAUAAUGUCUAUGGGCUUCCGUUUUCUGCCCCCCACUCAGCUCCAUUCGUGAGUGUAAGACAAAGAGACUUAUUAUACAGCUUUCUGCCAAAGUGGAACAUGAUUAAACGUAACAACAAUGAGUGGACUUGAAAGCGCAACUUCCCUUUUUUUAAUUAACUGGUCAGAGGGAAAUUUACUUUGAAAGAAAUUGUAAAAAAAUAAUAAUAAUAAUAGUAAUAAUAAUUCUAUAACCAUAGCUAAAAAAUUGGCUUUCCAAAGGUGGAUUUUUAAAAAUUUCGAUGUUAUGAAAUAGCACAACCAAAAAAGAUAGCUUCCAGUAUGAGUGCUACCCAUAUGCUUUUUGACCGCAGUAGUGCUGCAGUUGUCCGCUAGUUGAGCAUGUUGCUAUGGUAGUAAAUCAGGAGGUUACUGAGGUUCUGCCAGUCUCGGAAGGAUAUAUUGUUGGAAUAUGUGGAUUAUCUUUUAGAUCCAACCAUUGAGCAUGUCGUAGCUUUCCCAAAUGACUUAUUUUCUCUUUACUGGAGCUAACACAGGUAGCCAUACUGCUGCAGUUACACUAACAAGACUUGUUGAUCUUGGCACGAGUUCAGGAAGAGUGUUACAGUUACAGAUGAUUAUGGUAAAUGGCCUGUAUUUGAUUUAACGCCUUCUAGAGUCAUGUAACCCCUCAAGGUGCUUUACAACACAAUCAGUCAUUCAUCCAUUUACACACUGGUGGGGAUGAGCUACAAUGUAGCCACAGCUGCCCUGGGGCGCACUGACAGAGGCGAGGCUGCCGAGCACUGGCGCCACCAGUCCCUCCGACCACCACCAGCAGGCAACGUGGGUUAAGUGUCUUGCCCAAGGACACAACAACAGCGACAGACUGAGCGGGACUUGAACCUGCAACCUUCCGAUUAUGGGGCGAGCACUUAACUCCUGUGCCACCGUCGCCCCAUUAUAUAGUUGAAAUUUGUAAAAAAAAAAAAUCUUGGCAAAUAGGACUU